UCUAUGUCAGGGCCACUUACCUGCAAGGUGCGCAACGAAGAUGAUGACCAUGAACAGCAAGCAGCAUUUCUCUAUGCACCCGGUGCUGCAGGAGCCCAAAUACUCUGGCCUGCACGCGAGUUCGGAAGGCAUGCGCAGGGUGUGUCUGCCUGCCCCGCAGCUUCAGGGCAAUAUAUUCGGUUGCUUUGAUGAGAGUCCACUGGCACGCGCGGAAGCUCUGGCGGCUGCUGACAUUGUCUCUCACGGCAAGAGUCACCCUUUCAAGCCUGACGUGACUUACCAUACCAUGAGUAGUGUCCCCUGCACCUCCAACUCCUCUACGGUGCCCAUCACCCACUCCUCCACCCUGACCCCUCACCACCACCACCACCACCACCUCAACCAGAGCUUGGAGGGGGAUCUCCUGGAUCACAUCUCGUCCAGUCUCUCUGUGAGCGGGAUGGGGGCUCCGGAUUCCUCUAUGAUGGCCACUCAAGCCCACCAGCACCACCUCCAGACCAUGGGUCACCUUCACCAAGCUAUGGCCAUGGGUCAUCCGCACUCCUUGUCUGUGCACAACGGAAUGUCGUGUGUCAACGACGUGGAGUCGGAUCCUAGGGAGCUGGAAGCCUUCGCUGAGCGGUUCAAACAAAGGAGGAUAAAGCUCGGGGUGACCCAGGCGGACGUUGGCUCGGCUCUCGCCAACCUAAAGAUACCUGGGGUGGGCUCUCUCAGCCAGAGUACUAUCUGCAGGUUCGAGUCCCUCACCCUCUCUCACAAUAAUAUGAUUGCGCUAAAACCUGUCCUCCAAGCCUGGCUCGAGGAGGCUGAGGCUGCUUACCGGGAGAAAAACAGCAAGCCAGACCUUUUCAAUGGCAACGAGCGCAAACGAAAACGCACGUCGAUAGCCGCACCUGAGAAACGAUCUUUGGAGGCAUAUUUUGCUAUCCAGCCCCGUCCCUCUUCGGAAAAAAUUGCUGCAAUUGCUGAAAAACUGGACCUUAAAAAGAACGUGGUUCGUGUGUGGUUUUGCAACCAACGGCAAAAACAGAAAAGGAUGAAAUAUUCUGCUGUGCAUUAGGUCACAUAAUGCCUCAAAUACGCCAUUUUGAAGAGAUAACGGGGAUCUAUCAACAUCUCAUGCCCGACUGGAAUUUACUACUGAGACUCUAUAGGAUGUAUUUAAAUUUAAAUUAUUCAACUUAUUUCGUUCACUUUUUUUGUCCUGUUGUUUAGUUUGGAAUUAAACGUAUCGUGCUAAAGGUCUCUUGGAGGACAUUUUCGUUGUUGAUUUUAUGACUGCCUAUGACAACUCUUCAAUCACAGAACUAAACUAUAGGGCCUAACAAAUAGAGGGAGAAAAUGACUUCUCUCUCGUUUGAUAUGUCCUGUUGAAUGCUCAUAAAACCUGUUAGUUUUUUGGAGAAUUUAAUCAAUUAUACUAACCAUUUUCACGUUUAGGAUUCAUAUUUAAGAUGGAAUGAAUGCGUGUUCACUGCAUAGGGGUAACACAACCACUCAACAAAUGCUAAUAAAUGUGCCCUCUUUGUGAACUAGCUGAACUUUAUUCACCGUUGUGUGUAAACGAGGCAAAUACUAUUCACAAUAUUUAUGACACAACACGAGUUGAUUUUCUUUAAUAGGCUAAUUUUAAAUAAGGCAUGUCAAACCGGCAUUUGAAGGCUGUUAUAUUUUGUCAUGGACUAUUUUGAUGUGAAAAAAUGUAAAACAGUUUGGAGUAUCACUGAAAUACUAUGAGUAUUUUUCUUCACUCUUGGAUUUCACUUGACAAAAUGUGUGAAGUUCAAAUUUCAUUAAAAAAACAUUGAAUAUUUUCUCAAAUUCCAUUGAAUCAGCAAUUUAUUAUUUCGAUAACAUUUUGCAUGAUUAUUUUGUGUUUUAGUCAAUUGUAGAGAAUUAGACAUAUGCAGGCUAUUACCACUAUUACAACAGGCUAUUACCACUAUUACAACAGGCUAUUACCACUAUUACAACAGGCUAUUACCACUAUUACAACAGGCUAUUACCACUAUUACAACAGGCUAUUACCACUAAUACAACAGGCUAUUACCAAUUUAAAAACAUUUAGGUUGAGCUUAAAGUAAUUUUGCCAUUUGUGUGAGGUUAUGAUAGUAUUGUAUUUAACUAUCUAUUUUGUUUCUCGGGUUGGAGUAAGGGAGUAUUAACUCAGGGUUUGUUCCUGGUCUGAAUAAAUCCUGCCUCAAGAUACAGGUGAUAAAAUCAUUGUAAAACCAUGAGUUUCACAGAGAACAUGACUUGUUUCAUGUAUGACUUCCCAAUUCUCUGCUGCGAUUAAAAACGAAUCAUAUAGCACAUAAAUAUGAUUGAAAAAAGUACACAUUUCAUUGCUGAAUGAUAAACCAAAGUCAAACACAAUGCAACAAUUAUAUGCACAUAUAAUUUAUGUUUUCCUUUCAUUGACGCACUGUUACUAGGACCUUGGUCCUAAUUAGAUUGGUUAAUAAUUAAUGCCCUUGUGUCACUGGGUUAUAUCGUGGGGUUUGAAAUUAUUAAGUAAUGAUGAUGCAAUAUUAAUUAUAUAUUGGUAUAAAACGAAGCUUGGAGCUGUGCGGAGGGCUGAGAGUUUAUGGGAGCUCGUGACUCGAGGGAUAGAGGGGACUCUCACAAUGCCAGGUAAGGAUUUGAAGAUUUAAAUUUAUCUUUUAAACCAGUACGAAAAUCAAGAUCAUUUUCCCCCGUUUUUAUCUGUGUGUAGUUCCCCUUGCCCCUUUAUAUUCUGAGUUGUUGUACUCAAGUUAAAUAUAUUAUUAUACAAAUAACAAUACAAUAGGAGUUUGAAAUAGUAUGUGAAACUACUAUUAUUGUUUGAACUUGUAAUAAUACCAACUCACUUCAUUAUAUUUGUCUUUAUUCUCUUCCUGAUGAAUAAGUGCAGUUGUAUGAGUCAUUUAGUAUUGGAUACUUUUUCUGUGAAAGUGGAACAGCAGGUCUAAGACUUGAAAUAAAAUCAUUAUUUCAUUCAAUUCGUGUAAAUUCGAUGUAUAUAUUAAUUUGAAGUAAAAACAAAAAUAACGUAUUGUUAAAUAUACUGUAUGUUAUUCACUAUAACCUGAAGUUACAGGUCGGUCACGCGCUAUUCUCCCAAGUGUAAUAGGCUCUCUGGAUAUUUUAGCCAGAGGAUCAAUAUUUUGCAUUUGAAAAAAAAUCAGUGGAUUUGUAAUAUUCUCUUUGAUCUUAAGAUUUGAUUAAUUGCUUAGGCAAUAUGCGUAAUUUAUUUUAAUAAAGAAUCAUUUGAAAGAGGGGCAAAGCAACAUAAUAGAUCGUCUACUUGCUCAUGACGAUAACAUAAUGGACAUUUUCUCCAUUGUUCUGUGUCUUGGAAACAUGUGAUAUGUGGCUGUAGACUGUUUUAAAUCAGGAUAAAUAAGCUUCACCAAAAAGUGAAAUGCUUAUAUUGUUCAAUCUAAUUGUUUUUGUUCUAAUUGUUUUCAUGUGUUUCUGUUUUAUUUUUACAAACUUUAGAGAAUUUCAGAAUAUAUUUGAUCUUCAACUGUCUGAAGUUUUACCAUAUUAAUGUUAAAGAAAUGACUUGGAGAGGAAGGUUAAAUCUUUUUUGGCCAGGAAGCGUGUGUAAAUUAUUGAUCGCUGUAAUACCCCUAUUGAUAUCAUAAACCUCUUGCUAUGAGGUAAGUUGAGCUGAAGGUUAGCAAAGACAGGGAGCAUGUGGCGAGUGAGGCCCGUUCUAUUAUUAAUUCCCAGUUGGAAGGUAUUGCAAUUUCUCAUGCAAUAAUUGAGCUGCAUUACCCCUGUAUAUUUAUUUAUUAAACAUUCCUAUGUGCAUUUUCACUUCAGUUCAAUUGCAAAUUUUCUGCGAAAUAUAACUUAAAUAAAUAAGACUCUGAAAUCUUAAGAGUAUUUUUACACAGUCAAGGAACAAUAUUUUUUAUGAAAAAUGUAAGGUAUUGCAUAAUUAACUUAGAUAACUUUAGAACUUUCAUAAGUUGACCUAUAAAUAUAUAUUUGGACCACAUCGAUUUAAUCAUCAAAUAUUACAUUUUGAUGUGGUGGGUGGUGGGCUUGUUAUGUCUGCAUUUGUGGGUGUGAGUGAGUGUUUGAGAGAAAGAGAGACGGGGAGAGAGAGAGAGUUAAGUUUGCUUGGAAUGUUUUCAUGGACUGGAGAGAGACAGUGCUCGCCAGAAUGGGGAUGAGAGCACUGUAAUUGCGGCAGACGGACUC